AUGCGAACAUUAGCAGUGAGCCUAGCUUAUAUGAUUUAUGAUCUGGGCUGUUGCCUAUUUGACAACAAUGCCAAGCUUGACAAUUCAAUCCACCAUAUGGUCUGCAUUAUUGGAAUUGGUGCAGGGCUUGCCUAUGAAAAGUGUGGGUCAGAGAUGGUUGCGGAACUAUGGAUCACAGAGAUCUCCAGCCCAUUCCUCCACUUGAGGGAGAUGCUCAAGGAGCUUGGUUACAAGGACAGUGAUCUCAACUUGGCGGCUGAUAUUUCAUUUGCAGUCAUUUUCACAGUUGCAAGGAUGGUGGGUGGACCAUAUCUCGCAUAUGUGACAAUAUCUGCUAAUAACCCACUUCUCAUAAAGGCAAUGGCACUGGGGUUGCAGCUGGUGAGUGCUUUCUAGUUCUACAGGAUUGCAAGGAUGGUUAGAUAUAAGCUGACUAGGAGGAUAUCAAGGAAGCUGCCUCAGCCGUCGAAACAACAGAAGUUGAAUUGAUCUUCUACACUUGUUAGUUCAGUUAAUCCUAUAUAUAGCAAUUGUGUUAGAUGAUUAUCCCUUGCUACGUUUGUUCGGUUCCUCCAAAUGGACUGUAUCCUAUUCUUCUUUUUCAUUUAUCUUCCAAUUUUUCCUUACCAUUGAGACUCCUAAUGAGAUUAAGGCUUGUUAAGAAGAUGAUGAUGACGUUCCUUAUUACUAAGAGGCUUACGUUGUUUGAUUGUCUCAAACAAGCUCUCUAUGCCCCUU